AUGCAGUCCUUUAAAGCAGAUGAACUGCCGCAAAAUCCGCGGGAAACCGCUAAUCCUUUAUCGACAAUGAUGUUCUGCUUCACAAUGCCAACAUUUUUCAAGGGACGCAAAAAAGUCCUCGAUGAAUCGGAUCUUUUUCGGGCCCUCAAGGAACACAAAUCUGAUCUCAUGGGAAACAAACUGAGUCAGGCAUGGGAGGAACAAAUUGAGAAAAGCAAACGUACAGGCAAAAAUCCCAGUCUGAUUAAGGCUACAGUAAAGGUUUUCGGUUUACAUUAUAUGCUCUUGGGUAUAUUAAUGUUUUUGUUCGAAAUAUUCCUAAGAUGUUCACAACCGUUGUUCUUGGGUGCCCUUGUCUCAUACUAUGCUGAUCCCGAAACCGAUAAAACAGAUCAAUCCAAGGCAUUCUUGUAUGCCUUGGGUGUGAUUUUAACCAGUGCUGGUAGUGUACUCUUUAUGCACCCGAAUAUGUUGGGCAUUGUCCAUAUGGGUAUGAAAAUUCGUGUGGCCAUUUGUAGUAUGAUUUAUCGUAAGGCGUUGCGUUUGAGCAAGAGUGCCAUGGUCAAUACGACAUCGGGGCAAAUGGUGAAUUUAAUCUCAAAUGAUGUGGGUCGUUUGGAUACAUCGGUAAUGCAUAUGCAUUAUGUAUGGAUUGGUCCGUUGGAAAUAUUUGUGGUUACCUAUUUUAUGUACAAAGAGAUUGGUGCCUGUUCAUUAAUUGGCCUAGCCGUCAUGUUGUUAUUCGUUCCCAUUCAGGGAUUUUUGGGUAAAAAGACCUCCAUUUUACGUCUACGCACAGCCUUGUGUACCGAUGAACGUGUACGCCUCAUGAACGAAAUCAUUUCCGGCAUUCAGGUCAUCAAAAUGUAUGCCUGGGAAAUUCCAUUCGGAAAAAUGGUCGAUUUUGCACGCCGCAAAGAAAUGAAAGCUAUCCGCUAUGUGAAUUAUAUUCGUGGUAUUAUCGGCUCCUUUAUUAUGUUCAUAUCGAGAAUUUCGAUCUUCAGUAGUUUGGUGAGUUAUGUGCUAUUGGGAAAUUUCCUCACCGCCGAGAAGGCCUUUGUGGUUACAGCCUAUUAUGGUAUCUUACGUAUGACAAUGACUGCCUAUUUCCCCAUGGCUGUGGCUCAAGUUGCCGAAACUCUGGUGUCAUUCGGUAGAAUACAGAAAUUUAUGUUACUGGAUGAAGUGGAACAUGCGGAAAAACCUGCAACUAAUGGCAAGGUUAUACCGGCUAUUAUUAGUGAAAAUGGAAAGACCAUUGACGUGAAUACCGCACCCAGUAAAGAACCUGGUAUUGUUCUUCAAAACGUGCGGGCCAAAUGGAACCCAGAAUCGUCGGAAAAUAAUUUGGAAAAUGUAUCGCUGGAGUUUAAGAGGAAGCAAUUGAUUGCUGUUAUUGGUCCCGUCGGUUCGGGUAAAUCAACUUUAAUUCAAACCAUAUUGGGAGAGUUGCAACCUACCUCUGGUUCCGUCACAGUCAACGGCACAGUGGCAUAUGCCUCACAAGAACCAUGGCUUUUCACCGGUACCGUACGUCAAAAUAUUCUCUUCGGUCAACCUAUGGACAAGAAACGUUACAAUUUAACCGUUAAGAAAUGUGCCCUCGAAAGAGAUUUUGAAUUGUUGCCCUAUGGCGAUAAGACGAUUGUUGGAGAACGUGGUGCCUCAUUGUCUGGUGGCCAGAAAGCUCGUAUUAAUUUGGCUCGUGCCGUCUAUCGUCAAGCUGACAUUUAUCUCUUGGAUGAUCCUCUCUCAGCUGUAGAUACACACGUUGGGCGCCACCUGUUCGAUCAAUGUAUGCGUCAAUAUUUGAGAGAUCGUAUUGUAAUUCUCGUUACACAUCAGCUGCAAUUUUUGGAACAAGCUGAUGUGAUUGUCAUUUUGGAUAAGGGCCAGGUGAGGGCUGUGGGCACCUAUGAAUCUAUGCGUCAAAGUGGUUUCGACUAUGCCAAACUGCUGUUGCACAAAGGUGAUGAGGACGAUGGAGAGGAUGGUGCCGAUUCGGAUAAUAAUAAAAUCGAUGAUGAUCAGGAUGCCCAAAAAAUGAAACGUCAAAAUAGCAAGGCUAGGCAAAGGCAAAUUAGUGUUACCUCUGUUGCCUCAACGGUGGAAUCGUUGCAAGAUGCGGCGGCGCCCAAGCAGGUUGAGGAAACCCGAGAACAAGGCAAAGUUGGUUGGAACUUGUACAAGAAAUAUUUUGGCAGCAGUGGAAGUGUGUUAAUUGUGGGCUUAUGGAUGUUCUUUUGUAUUGGAGCUCAGGCAUUGGGUUCGGCUGGUGAUUAUUUCUUGUCGUAUUGGGUAAACAAAAACGAGAAUAAAUUACACGACUUGGAUGCCCGUGUCGAAGUGCAAACCGAUCCCGUUGAUAUUUACAUUUUCAGUGCCAUAAAUAUUGCGAUUAUUAUCUUUGCCAUGUCCCGUAGUGUUAUAUUUUUCAAUUUGGCUUCGAAAUCUUCCACCCGGCUGCACAAUAAUAUGUUUGUCAGUGUCACCCGUGCCAGCAUGUAUUUCUUCAAUACAAAUCCAUCGGGUCGUAUUUUGAAUCGUUUCUCCAAGGAUAUGGGUCAAGUAGAUGAAAUUUUGCCACAAGUCAUGAUUGAUGUUAUACAGAUUUUCCUAUCGCUUUUGGGUAUUGUCGUUGUGCUGUGUCUGGUCAAUCCCUAUUAUAUAAUUGUCACCGUGGUAAUGAUCGUCAUAUUCUAUUAUAUCCGAUCGUUCUAUUUGAAAACGUCGCGGGAUGUUAAGCGUUUGGAAGCUAUAACCCGUUCCCCCAUCUACACCCAUUUGGGAGCUUCUCUCAAUGGCCUUGCCACCAUUCGUGCCUUUGAAGCCGAGGAAAUUCUUAUCCACGAAUUCGAUAACUAUCAAGAUCUGCACAGUUCCGGUUUCUAUAUGUUCCUGUCGACAACACGUGCUUUCGGCUACUGGCUGGAUUGUUUCUGUGUCAUUUACAUUGCCAUUGUUACCCUUAGUUUUCUACUCUUCUCCCCGGAAAAUGGUGGUGAUGUCGGCUUGGCCAUCACUCAGGCUAUGGGUUUAACUGGUAUGGUCCAAUAUGGUAUGCGUCAAUCGGCUGAACUGGAAAAUAAUAUGACCUCAGUGGAACGUGUUGUGGAAUAUGAAUCCAUCGAACCCGAGGGUGAACUUGAGUCGGAACCCAAUAAGAAACCACCAAAAUCAUGGCCCGAACAGGGUAAAAUUGCCUUUGAAGAUUUAUGUUUGCGUUAUGCUCCCGAUCCCAAAUCGGAAUAUGUUUUGAAAUCAUUGAACUUCGUUAUCCAGCCAUUUGAAAAAGUUGGUAUUGUGGGUCGUACCGGUGCAGGAAAGUCUUCGUUAAUUAAUGCCCUAUUCCGUUUGUCCUUCAAUGAUGGUUCCAUUGUCAUUGAUAAGAGAGAUAUUGAACAGAUGGGCUUGCAUGAUUUGAGAUCGAAGAUAUCGAUUAUUCCCCAGGAACCUGUGCUGUUUUCUGGUACAAUGCGUUACAAUUUGGAUCCAUUCGAAGAAUACUCAGAUGCCAAGUUGUGGGAGGCUUUGGAGGAGGUCAAACUCCGGCAAGUUGUGGCCGAUAUGCCCAAUGGCCUGCAUGCCACAAUCUCCGAAGGUGGUGCCAACUUCAGUGUGGGCCAGAGGCAAUUGGUGUGCUUAGCUCGUGCCAUUCUUCGUGAAAAUCGCAUAUUGGUUAUGGAUGAAGCCACCGCCAAUGUCGAUCCCCAGACUGAUGCCCUCAUUCAAACUACCAUUCGCCAUAAAUUCCAAGACUGUACUGUACUCACAAUUGCCCAUCGUCUACACACCAUCAUGGAUUCCGAUAAGGUUUUGGUUAUGGAUGCCGGUCGUGCUGUUGAAUUCGGCUCACCCUAUGAACUGCUUACCCAAUCAAAGGUUGGCAUCUUCCUCGGUAUGGUUCAACAGACCGGUCAGGCUACUUUUGAUAAUUUAUUCAAAGUCGCCCAAAAGGCCCACGAGGAUAAUUUACAAAAGAAAAAGGACCAAUAG